AAAGACCAGAAGAUAGACAAACAGUCCAACUUUAAGUCGAAUGAGAAGCGACACCGCAACAAAUUCUUAAUAAGAUGUGCAUCGUUUUUCUGAAAUUUGAUCCACAUAUGAAGAGUGGUGGGUACAAAAUCAUCAUGGCUGCCAACAGAGACGAGUUCUUUAACCGACCUGCCAAGCCAGCACAUUUCUGGGGGAGAAACCCGAGCGUUCUGAGCGGCGUAGAUAUGAAACCAGGAAAGGAAGGCGGGACCUGGUUGGGUAUCACAGAGAAUGGCCGUCUAUCAGCCAUCACUAACAUCCUGCAGUCUUCACCCGUCCACAACGCAAAGGGAAGAGGGUAUCUCAUCACUGACUUCCUAAGAGGGGACCAAACACCGCUGGCUUAUCUGGAAAGCUUGGCCGAAGAAGGUCAUACGUUCAAUGCUUUCAACCUACUGACCAUGGACCUUUCUGAGCCCGCAUGUUUGGCGUACUACGAUAACGUUUCUCACGACAGUCCCAAAAUCUUAGCACCAGGCCAGUAUGUCGUCAGUAACUCCUUGCCACAAACUCCGCACUUCAAAAGACGAUCUACGGAGAGAAGAUAUUCAAUGAACUCUUACAGGACAGGGAAGAAGGUGACAAAGUAUUUAAUCAAGGGCCUUUUGGAACUCCUGAAUAACAACGUGCAGUUCCCUCACGACCCGCAAGUGGCAUUACAGGGGACACCACUGCCAGAAAUGGUACGCGAUGGUUUUUCCGCUAUUUGUGUGCGGACGCCGAAAGAAGCGAACUUUGGGACAAGAACAAAUACCGUUAUUCUCGUCGACGGGGAGAACCACGUGACCUUUGUAGAAAAGACGCUGAAAUCACCUGUUGAUCUUGAGAGGUUUGAAUGGGAGGUCAACAAAUUUGAGUUCAACGUUCGCCUGGCCUAA